GUCUCACUGGAUUCAUUAUUGCGUUUCGAGCGCUCGCCAGUGAAACAAGUUAAAUUUCAUCCUUUUUGAAGAGAUAUUUUAUUAAAAAAAAAAUUUAUAAAAGUAUCAAGACAUAUUGCUUCAAAAUAAGUAUAAUAGAAGUAUUUUAUUGUAUUUUUUUUUGAUAGAAUUAUAAUGUCGAGUAUUGAAGACGGUGAACUGAAAGGAGGACAUCCUCCAGCAGUGAAAGCCGGGGGCAUGAGGAUAAUUCAACAUAAACUACCGAGGGAGGAACGCGAGGUCAAACCGGCCAAGGAAGCCGAGGAAAGCAAGCCAUCGACUAGAGUUUUAUCUGAUGUGGAUUUAGGAAAUCAAUUGUCUCCAUUCAUCGUUCGCAAACGUUGUGUUAAGCCGAGAUUAAUUGAAAAAGCACGUUGUCCACCGAAGCAACUGUUGAUCAGUGGCGUAUUGGCAAAGGGAAAUGCAGACUUCCCGCCGGAAGCUGUGCAGAAAUUUCACGAGAAACCAAUGCCAACUCACGAACCACCUCGUCAUUUUCACAAUUCCAGGCCCGUUAUUAUUCAACAGCCAAGGAAGUAGAUUUUAGUCCAAAUCAUCAGAAAUGGAUUAAAGGAAAAUUGAUAAUAAAAGUAUGCAAAGUCAUAGAAAAUAUGCAUAUAAAUUGAUUAAAAAAAAAUAUAUAUUAUACAAUUAUCGUUAGGUCACAUAUUCAUUUUAAAUGUUUUUGGCCUACAAAUUUUUCCUUAAAAAUUAUUUUCUAUGACUUUGCCUCAAAUUUCAAAGUUUACUGAAGAAAAAAAAAAUUAUAUUACACCUGGUGAAAGAUUUUGCUGGUUUCUAGUAUAUAAAAUUCUAAGAAAACCCAAAAAUUUAAAAAGUUUAUUACUGUUGCUAAAAAAAAGGGUUUAUAUUUUAUCAAAUGUAUGUAGUCUUUAUCGCAAAACUUUUUUCUGUAAAUGAUGUACUCGAUUUUAUAGUUUUCAAAUUGAAACAUUUUUUUAUUUCUUUAUAGGCUAUAUUUUUCAAACUAUUAAAAAUUUAUUGUUUAAAGAUAACAUAUUUUACGAUGUAAAACUAAGUAAUUGAUUUAGGGACCAUUGUAAUGCAUUUUGAAAACCUAAAACAGCAUUCCAAUGUUCCAAUUUUUCUUAAUAAAAUUAAUAAUUAUAUAGGAAAGUCCAAAAAAUAAUUUGUACUUUGGUUAAAUAAUUUAAGUUCUCAUUUUUGUUUUCGAGAUUACAUCAUAAAAAAAAUCAUUUAAAUUAAGAUUAUUUUAGAAAGUCUUUGUACUCUAAAUAAAUGAAAUAAAUGAACUUGGAGAAAAAGUUUUAUAAAUUA